CCUCGACGUCCCGAGAGCUCAAAUCUCGGCGUUGCAAGUGCCUCGCUUUGUCGAGUAUCGUGGUACCAAUGAUGAUGCUGAUUGCAACUGGGACCCAACUAUGUAAAACGAGAGGCUCCUUCUUCGACCACUUCUCAGCUGGAUAACCAAAUCUCGCAAGCGUUGACUCAGCUUCCUCUUACGCCUCAAACCUCAAACCUCAAGGCGCAUCUCCCCCUCGUUACUCAUCCAUCAGUUGUUCUGAUCUGCACGGAGCGUGCGGUCAGUAAACAACAAAUAAGCCAGCAGACACCAGAUCGGGAAAUACUCAAAGGCAUUGGUGAACGGGUUUCAGCGUUUUAUCAUCUACCGGUCAUUCACCGGCUGCUCAUCCAGCUCCUUAUUCAGCUUGUCGACCAGAAAGUCCUGGCAGCUUGCCUCACUUGACGCAGUCAGGCAGCCAUUUGGGCGGCAUUAUCACACACACCAUGCCCGGCCCUAAGAACCUUGUCGAUCUUUGCAUUAAAGUUGCAGCCGACAAUGUUAACCGCAUCACAAGUCUUGGGAGUCUUCCCUCAAAUCUCAUCGCUCCAAUAAUCAAGGCUGUGAAGACAGCCGAGCAUCUGCGCACCUUGGAGCUCAAUAGCGAUGACAUCUACGACGUGACGGCGGAGCAGUGGCCGCGGAUCAUCAAGAAGGACUUCCCGAUUCUCGUGGCCAAACACAACCUGGUCGCGGAAAACCCGGAGUCCUGGCACAAAGUUUGGCAGGAGUACAAACAUAUCCAAGAUGAAGAGAUUGCCGCUGCCACGGAGAAGCUCAAGCAGGACUUUGCCGCUCACAAAGAGCAGAAAGAUGCUCGCGGAGCUGUCAUUAUCUCCCCCAAGGACACCAAGAAGCUACGCCUUCCCAGACCUCCUGGCCACCGUUCCCAAUCCCCGCACUGGUCUCUCUUGCCGCGUCAAAAACGGAGCUUUUUAUCCAAGGCGAGGGCGGAGCUGGCCGUACAGGCCAAGCACUUCAGGCUUGCUACACCAACCGGCAAGCUACCCGUUCCCACCGGGCAACUCACGAAGGCGCCGGAAGCCAUGGUCAAUAAUGCCAGGAUUGCGCUGCAAACCGGCCCUGGAACGUCCGUGAUCCGGGCCCCUCGCCAAAAGGUGUCUCCCGCCACAGGGGAAACAGAGCGCCAGCUCAAACAGAGAGAGGCUCGCCUUCUUCAGAUCAAGAAAGCAGGCGCUACCACCACUGCGCUCCAUGAUAGUUCAUCUCGCCUUCGCCAAGCCGAAAAGGCCACCGCAGUCAAUACUGCCAACGUUCAAGAUAACGAAGGCACCAGCCACCCCAACGAUGGCGAACCUGGUGAUUCAACGGAAUUCGACGAUCUAUUCGGCGACGACCUGUUGGGCGACUUGGACUUGAACGGCCCUCCUCCGGCCGGGCCUAUGUCAGCCAAACCCCCUGAAGUUGCUGCCGGUCUCUCGUCCCAGACGGCGGAUAAGCUGCCAAUCCAGCCCCGUCGUGGUCUUCUCUCGGCGGCUCCGGGUACCAACAAGGUCACGCGCAAUGCCAUGUCAUCUCCAGAGGGCCCUGCAUCUGCCAACCCCGCUCACCCGGGCCCACGCUCAGAAGCGCCCAGUUCGUCACCCGGCCGACAAGGUCCGGCUCCGUCGUCCAGCAUGCCAUCUCAACUGAAGCGCAAGAGGACAGCCGUUGAUCUCUGCAUGAGGACUGACAGAAAGAAGCGGUCUCAUGUCUGA